AUGAAGCGCCUUACUCAGGUGCUUAUCGGCCUGCUAUUUGCAUGUGGUGUUUGCGCCGAAGCUGGGGUCGAGAAACAAUCCAGCGGAGAUCUCGCUAAACCACCCUUUACCAAAGAGGUAGUCGCCUGGGUCAAUGAAAAGGGAGAGACCAUCAGCACAGAAACACACUACGUUCAGGCCUUGGGCUCUGCACUACAAGAGAAACAACCCCCAAUAUCAAUCCCAGACAAGGAUGGCUCAACUAUAGCACCGCCACAUGUACUACCCAAGAACAACGAUGACAUGAACGACCGCCCCAUCCCAGCCAAAGGCAAACCCAAGGAGCUACAACACCCACACGCCCACUCCAAACUGCCUGUUCCUGAUCCCCAUCCACACCUGCACCCGCACGCCCACUUCGGCAUCUCCUACUCCCCCUACAAAGCAGACCGCACCUGCAAGAACCAAGAAGAAGUAAACCAAGACCUAGACCGAGUCUCCGAAUACUCCUUCAUCCGCAUCUACGGCACAGACUGUGACCAAACAAAAACAGUAACGAACGCCGCACGGCGCCACAACAUGCGCGUUUUCGCCGGCAUCUACGACCUAACCGAUUUCCCAGGAAGCCUCAGUGCCUUCGGCGACUCCGUAACAGGCGAAGACGGCCAAAAAGACUGGUCAAUCUUCCACACGAUCGCCAUCGGCAACGAGCUCGUAAACGGCGGCACCAAUUCCGCCAGCGACGUCGUGACAGCCGUGCAAAAAGCACGCUCCGUGCUCCGCGCACAGGGCUACACAGGUCCCGUCGUCACAGUCGAUACCUUCUCCGUCCUACUCGACCACCCGGAACUGUGCCAUGUCUCUGACUACUGCGCUGCGAACUGCCACGCUUUCUUCGAUGCUACGCAACGUCCUGCUGGGGCCGGUGCGUAUGCGCUCGAGCAGGCGCGUAGUAUCUCCGAGAGAGCGGGCGGGAAGCGGACUAUGAUUACGGAGUCUGGGUGGCCGCAUGAUGGGGAUGCGAAUGGGGGUGCUGUUCCUUCAGUGGAUAAUCAGCAGGCGGCUAUUGCGAGUUUGAGGAAGAGUUUUAAUCAUCGGAGGGAGGAUUUGGUGCUUUUUACUGCUUUUGAUGAUCUUUGGAAGGAUGAUAAUAUGUAUACCUUCAAUGCAGAAAAGUUUUGGGGGAUUCAUGGGGGUUUGUAG